AACGAGGCGGUUUCUUCAAGUAGACGGUGGAAUUCCUUCCCUGCGUCCGCGAACUUCUAGAGAGUUCUGCGUUGGAGCGACGGCGAACCGAACCCGAGCGAGAUGACCGCGGUGCGCCUGAUCCUGACCCUGAUUCUGGGCUCCGUUCAGCUCUGCCGAACAGACCCGCGGCCCGGGAAACCCAAUGAGCUGUUGGUGAUCACCGCCGCGACAGAAGUGAACGAUGGCUACCUGAGGUUCAUGCUCACCAUCCGACAGUUCAACUACACCGUUCAGGUUCUGGGGCUGGGUGAGGAGUGGAAGGGUGGUGAUGUGGCGCGGACCGUCGGCGGAGGUCAGAAGGUUCGAUGGUUGAAGAAAGAACUAGAGAAACAUAAAGACAAACAAAACACGGUUAUCAUGUUUGUAGACAGUUAUGAUGUGAUUUUAGCCAGCGGUCCAGAGGAGCUGCUCAAGAAGUUUUCUCGUUUCUCUCAUCGCGUGGUUUUCUCCGCCGAGGGCUUCUGCUGGCCGGACCAGAGAUUGGCGUCCAAAUACCCAGUAGUGCAUCACGGCAAACGCUACCUCAACUCUGGAGGUUUAAUCGGCUACGCUCCUGAGAUUCAUGCCAUAGUGAAGAAGUGGAAAUAUAAAGACGACGAUGACGAUCAGCUGUUCUACACGCGCAUCUACCUGGAUAAAGAGCAGAGGAGGAAGUUCAACAUCACACUGGACCACAAAUCCCACAUUUUUCAGAAUCUCAAUGGAGCCAUAGAGGAAGUGGUCCUGAAGUUUGAGAAAUCCAGAGUCAGAGCUCGGAAUGUGGCCUAUGACACACUUCCUGUCGUUAUCCAUGGCAACGGCCCGACUAAGCUCCAGCUGAAUUAUCUGGGUAACUAUGUGCCGUCGGCGUGGACGUAUGAACACGGCUGUGGAAUCUGUGACGAUGAUUUGCUGGACCUGAGCGGUGUAUCUGACGAGGAGAUGCCGCUGGUGCAUGUCGCUGUGUUUAUCGAGCAGCCGACGCCGUUUCUGGAAGAAUUUCUGGAGAGACUCGCAACUUUGAUCUACCCACACACACGCAUACGACUCUUCAUACACAACAACUACAUGGAGGCGUGUAAGAAGGACGUCUCCUGUGAUUAUUUCUUCAGCAUCGACUCUGAUGUUGCUCUGACCAAUCCAGAUGUUUUGCGGAUUCUUAUCGAAGAGAACAAGGCUGUGAUCGCUCCCAUGCUGUCUCGACACGGCAAGCUCUGGUCGAACUUCUGGGGCGCUCUGAGUCCGGAGGGCUUUUACUCGCGCUCGGAGGACUACAUCGACAUCGUCCAGAGCAAGAGAGUAGGUUUGUGGAACGUUCCCUACAUCACUCAGGUCUAUCUGAUCCGCGGAGAGACUCUGCGCUCGCGUCUGGCCCCCGUUUCUCUCUACCAGCAGGAGGGCAUGGAUCCAGACAUGAUCUUCUGCAAGAGCGUGCGCGAGCAGGGCGUCUUCAUGUUCGUGUCCAACAGGGAUGAGUUCGGCCGUCUGAUCUCCUCCACCAAUUACAACAUCAGCCGUCUUCAUCCGGACAUGUGGCAGAUAUUCGACAACCCAGUGGACUGGAGAGAGAAAUACAUCCAUGAGGAUUACUCCAAGAUUUUUGAGGACGAUGAGAACUUCGUUGAGCAGCCCUGUCCAGACGUCUACUGGUUUCCAGCAUUCUCUGAGAGAAUGUGUGAUGAGCUUGUUGAGACCAUGGAGGAUUUUGGCGGAUGGUCUGGAGGAAAAAACAAGGAUGAACGGUUAUCUGGAGGUUAUGAAAACGUUCCUACAGUCGAUAUUCACAUGAAUCAGAUCCAGUAUGAGAAAGAGUGGCUGAAGUUCCUCAAAGACUACAUCGUUCCUGUGACGGAGAAACUCUACCCAGGAUACUAUCCGAAGGCUCAGGCUGUGAUGAAUUUUGUGGUUCGUUAUCGUCCUGAUGAGCAGCCAUCGCUCCGUCCGCAUCAUGAUUCUUCCACGUUCACCGUUAACAUCGCGCUCAACAGAAAAAACAUUGAUUAUGAGGAUGAACGGUUAUCUGGAGGUUAUGAGAACGUUCCUACAGUCGAUAUUCACAUGAAUCAGAUCCAGUAUGAGAAAGAGUGGCUGAAGUUCCUCAAAGACUACAUCGUUCCUGUGACGGAGAAACUCUACCCAGGAUACUAUCCGAAGUCUCCCAGGAAGGGCUGGUCGUUCAUGCAUCCGGGCCGUCUGACGCACUAUCACGAGGGGCUUCCCGUCACUCGAGGAACACGAUACAUCAUGGUGUCGUUUGUUGACCCUUGAAGCUUACGUGAACUCUCUCUGUCUGUGUGUGUGUGUGUGUGUGUGUGUGUGUGUCUGUGUCUGUGUCUGUGUCUGUGUGUUUCUCUGUAAAUUAAACCUGAGAUGUUACAUAUGAGCGGAUCGUCACCAAUCUGAGGUCACACUUUCACUCCUUCAACACAAAUCAACCUUAAAGUUUGAUGAAAAGAGUAUUUUUACUUGAUUUUAUAGAAUAAUCGAAUCACAGAUGUUUUUAAGAGCAUUAGUCCUGAAUUAGCUUUUGUACUCGAGCUUUGUACAAACUGCUUUUAAAUUAUUUGUUGUUUUUUGGAAAAUAAAUAUUGGAAACAGAAGCUGGUGUCAUUUACUGGAUUAUGACUUCUAAAAGCAGAUUCUUCAGAAUUAUCCCAGAAUCAUAUGUACUUUAAAUUGAGCAGUUAAUUGAUCAUUAAACAACAUUUGAUACCGAUUGAAUGAAGUCACAUUAAUAUGAUGUGUAUCAUAUGUAAAGUUUAACUGUGUCACUGCAGGAACAAAUAUUGCACAAUGCUGAACAAACAUAAAACUGUAUUUCCUC